AUGCCGUGUGCUGGCAGCCGUGCACGAGCUGCCACGUUCCUUGUUUGUGGAGUGCAAAUUGCGUUCCAAAACAGAAUUAUUUCAAUUGUAAUCCCUCUGCAUUUCGGUACAUUUUCAUUGAAAGCUCGUACAAGCGGAGUGCUACUGGUCGCUGGAGUUGGUUCCUAUAUGGUCUAUCGCAUGUUCGUUCGGUUCCUAGGACAGAAUUUUAUGUGGACGUUGGUCAAUCAGACCCGUGUCGACACGCUGAAUCGUUCCGAUAUACGUCUACUGCAUCCAGCAAACGUGUUGCGUACAAGUGAAUGUUGUUCGUCGAUGUUCGCUGACGAUGAAUACAGCAGCGGUGAAACGGGUUCCGUUGUCAGUGCUUGUACCAAAAACACAUUCAUCUCAACGGAAUACUCUCGCUCAAGAAGGAGGUAUCUUUCAUCACGAUCCGCACGUAAUCGUAGUCAUCCAACUCCUUUACGAAAAAGGGAUGAGAGGAAGGCGAUGAAAGGCGAACCUGUUGAUGAGAAUUGUCAAAAGAAGGAGUUCACACCAACACAUCAUGUCUAUUGUCGAAGUUUUUCGGCAAGAAGCGAGAGUGAAGCAUCGCGAGGCCUUUCACAAAUUAGUAUCACACCGAGUGAGAAAUCUGCAUCGUUGAGAUUGAUCUGGGAUGAUCCACAGUGGGACAGUGAAGUGGAUCUAAACGGACAAGGACUAUUACUUGUUUACAUAGAACAGUGGUUCUCACAUGCGGGUGUUCCAUUACCCCUUUUGAUGGUCUGA